GAGACAUAACACCAUGCAGAGGAGGGGGAUUAACAAGUGGUUCUCUCAGGCUGUGAUCCUGUUGGCUGCUUGGGCCUGUCUGGCAGAUGUGCCUUCCACUGAAGCCCGCAGGCCAGCCGCACUCCGUUCCAAGCGUUUGGUCGGAGGGACCUUGGCACCUGACGUUCCCUGGCAGGCCAUGGUCUAUCUGGCUGACAGUAUCCUGGACGGAGGUUUCGCGGGAGGUGCUCUCAUCUCUGACCGCUGGGUUUUGACAGCUGGAAGGAACCUGUUUGUCAGGAAGAGUCGACAGGACAUUCAGGGCAAAGAUCCCCUCAUUCCUAAGGUGUACCUUGGAAUCACAAGGAAGGAUGAAGCUGUUACCUCCAAAGAGGUUGCAGUAGAGAAGGUGGUUCUGCAUCCGGGCUUUCAGGCCAACUCUGACUGGGACAAUGACCUGGCUCUCAUCCAGCUAAAGGAUCCUGUGACGAUUGGGAAGAAAAUAACCCCCAUCCCCCUGCCAGAGAGAGGCCAGGACUUUGACCAGGGUUCAGGGGUCAUCGCCGGCUGGGGCUGGGGGGCCUUACUAAGCCCUGCUGAGUCACUCAAACGCCUGGUGCUGCCCUUGAGCAAUCACAGCGAUUGCAAGUCAGAGUACAGCAGUACGAACAUGCCAGCGGUGGAUGACAACAUGUUCUGCACUGGACACACAGAUUUUCAGGAAAAUGUUUGUUUUGGCGAUGCGGGAGGCGCUCUGGCUGUCACAGACCCUGUUAGUGGUGACGUUUAUGCAGCGGGGAUCCUCUCCUACGAUAAAGCCUGCAGCCGGCAGAAUUAUGCAGUCUAUAUGAAGAUCUCCGCAUAUCUACCCUGGAUCCACAGUGUGGUCAGGGGAGAUACUGCGGAAUCGCCUGCUGUACGCCGCAAUGCAAUGCCCCAGAUUUAUAGAUAUGCUUUAUUUGAAAAAGAUUUGUUUGCACACUCAUGA